AAAAAGUAGCAGAGCGCCACCUUUUCGUCCUUGUUUGUUGAAAGUCAAUCUCGGAGCGAUUUAAAGCCGCUGGAAACAUUGACUGAGAGAUGUGUGUAUGAAUAAGCGAAAUUGGUGAUCAGUACGAAUUGGUAAAAUUUACACGAAUUACCUAUCUUCUAACCUAUCGGUUAAUCUUUAGCGCCGAUGCAACAUUGUAUUAGCAACCAUAUUGUUUUUCAAUAUUUGGAAAGCCGAGCCUCGAUUGAAACGACCGCGCAUGUUACACGCAUCUUGUUGGCCUCCUCUCUCUCUCUCUCGUCACGCGAUAUAUUAAGUAAUUAUAUUAAAUAAUUAUAUCCCGAUGAAGCCGACACUUGUAGCCGAUGAAAUGUUUCCCGAGGGAGCCGGGCCCUACGUUGAAUUGGAAGAGGUCGGAGGUAGUAGGUUAUUAGUAGAUCUCACAGCAAGCGAGAAAGCAGUUCAUUCGGAGUUCUUCAACGAGUUUGAUGAUCUUUAUGACGAUGAUGAUUUGGACUGAAGCAUUCCUAGGGACUCGAACUAAGCGGCGCUUUGUUUUUGCAUAGAGUGCGGUUAACUUAGCAUCGAAGCAGAAAACCUGUCCUCAUAAAUCCACCGUACAGAACAUGGUUACGAUAUACAAAGAAGAAUCAAGACAGACGUCGUACAUUAUUGGUUGUAUUCAGCAGAAAGCACCAGUCGACAUACCUGAUAUAAUUUGGAAAUUUUGCUGAAUCUUCUCUCCAUUAUAUUAUAUGGCUUCACGUUGCGUCACGUUUGUUCAACACUGAAGGAAAAUUUCGAAGCGAAAAAUGGCAAAGCGUUCGUCCUUUUUUUCUUCUGCUGAAUGCAAUCAUUAAAUAUAAGUGUGUGUGUAAUAGAUAUGAAAAAAAUGUUUCUUUAGUUUGCUGUAUAAAACUACUGCAAACUCUCA